AUGACUGUUCAGGAAAAAAUAGAGCUUUUUGACUUCUUGGAAUCCUUGGCUAAUUCUUCUUACUUUAAUUUUAUGGAUAUAAAAGUUGCUCCAAGCAUUGAGAAGCACAAUAUCGACCCAAUGGACUACAUGAACAUCAUUUACAAUCUCACUGAAAACUACCUUCUAGUGUCAGAAAAAAGUAUUCGCCUCCAUGCUAUAAUCAAUCUUUGGCUUGUACACAGUCAGCAAAUUUUAACCGAGUGGGGAAUAUGUUACUCUACUAACAAUUAUUUAAUAGAUGAGUUAUCUACAAGUAAUCUGCUGUAUGGUAAAAAACCACCUAAAAAUCCGUAUGAGGAUACAACCGAAUUGUAUCAGACGGUCAGUAUGAAUGUGUUUGAUCAAGACGAUACACUUUCUUUUACGGGAUUUAAAGGUCCAAUCGUGGUCUAUGUUCAUGGAGCGCACGAAGUAAUGAAUUUCGAAAGACGAAUGGGAGCAACUUCAAUACCUAUCGAGUGUAUAGGUAAACUUUACGAUAUCACCGCGUCUGAUGAUUUUGGAAAGUCUACCACAAUUGAGCAGAGAAAAUGUCGGUUUCCACAUGAAUCGAACUUGGCCCACUUCCCCAUCUACACAAGAAAUCUCUGCCAACAAGAGUGUCGAAUAAACUUAGCUUAUAAAUUGUGCAAAUGUAUUCCACAUUUUUAUCCAAACCGAGGAGCAUUAAAGCCAGUUUGUCAUUACACGGUUUUGAAAGAAUGUCUCUCUAAGUAUACCGGAGUAUUCGAAAAUAUUAACCAAAUAAAAAACCUCUCAUUGGAUAUCAAGUGUAACUGCUUACAGAACUGCAGAAGUUCAGAAAUUCUGGAAAAAAUAUUUAGCCCCAUACCUACAACUGAAGUUCUUAUGAAAAAAAAUGGAAUUAUCAUUAUGAUGAAAUCUAAUCCAAAAAUCAGAUACAGAAGACAAAUCAUUUUUACACUAACUGAUUUACUAGUAUCUAUUGGCGGAACUGCUGGUUUUCUUCUCGGAUCUAGCGUUUUAAGUGCAGUGGAGAUUAUAUACUAUUUCACGGUUCGUCUACUCUGGCAUUGCUUUGGUUUGAAGGAAUAGGUCUCACAUGAAAUUCAAACAAACAAUCUUAUAUUAAUGUUAAUUAAAAAGUUUAGCUCCAAUUUAUAUUAUAAGAUCCAGUUAUGGUAAUUUUUGACAGAGUUGCUUAAAUAAGUAUGACCCAACCAAUAUCCUAAUUGUUUUUUUGGGUUUUUUUGGACCAUUUUUGAAAGCGGAUAUUUUUGGCUCCAAGAUUUUCGAAAUCGGCUCCUUGCCUCGAAAAUAUUCUGGCAACACUGGACUGUGCGUCAAAUUCUCAUACCUACUUUUAAUUGAAUUUUGCAAAGAAAUACAACCACAUUGA